GAAGCUCUGAGUAGCUCCAAUUUGAGACCCUUACCGUAAGGUUAUAUUGGAUAUUUUUUUUGCAGUCCGGGAUAUUGUGCACUGGCAGGCACAAAACUUCUUCUUUGGAGGAGUAGGAACGAUAGCAUUUUUAGACCGUACAACUGCGACUCUGCUGCCGCUGAGUCCGCGUGUCCGAAGAUCGGAGAUAAGACCGUACAACUGUGGACUGCAACUCUCGACAAUUUUGGCUUAACAGCCUUGGGUUUGCCACGCCGCGACCAACGUUGGCCGGUGACAAUCAGACGAUUUAGGUCGUCAUGAUGCUGCUCUCCAGGGCUUUGCGUGCGGGCCACCUCUCCCACUACUCGGCGAAGGGGAACUGGUCGCACUUCUCAAUGCGCCAGCGUUAUCCACAGAUGCUCAAGGCGCAAACCGAUCCCACCAUUAACGACUUCUUCUUUGAGCUCUUCCUCCGCAAGUGGUUUGCCGAUGGGCCUUCGUACAACUAUGCGUUCGUCAGCAUUGCCGCCUUUGGAGCCUGCAUUGGUAUCCUGGGCCGUGGGGUCUUCUUCAACCCAGACGUCAUGUUCCGCAAGCAGGAGGUCAGGAAGCCUCUGCCAGAUCGACACAGGCAGUAUACAUUCUCUUUGCCCUUCUUCAACCACCGCCUCCGCAAUUGGGUCUGCGGCUACAAGGCCUGCUUGAUUGACAAUGAGCCCGACUGGGCUGACAAGCAUCCUUUGGGAUACAGGCCCAACCGCAAGCAGAACCACAGGCGCCCAUACAUGUGGAUCUUCAGCAUUCCCCGCUACACCGUCCAGGAUCCUCUCUACACAUCUGUGACCCACGACAACAUGAACUCCAUCUAUGAGGACUGUGGCUAUAUGAAGGCGCCCAAUUAUGAGGACUAAGAGACAGCUGCGGAGGCUGAGAGCCGACCGAGAAGGUGACGGGGGGUCCUCCGAGUUGGAACGUGUG